UGCCUAAGCCCCGCCCCCUCCUGCUGCUGCUGCUGUUUAUUUAGCUUCCUCUAUUCUGUCGCCGCCAUUAAAACAUAUUUACACCGAAUAUCUCGGGUUUAGACGCGACAGGCGGCCGUUUGGAGCGGGUUUAGUCCUGACACAGGACGUGUGUGUGUGAGAGAGUUUCUGAGAGAACAGAUGAAGAUGUAAAGCGCUUUGUUUUGGUUCUCAGUGUCCCAGAGAGAGAGAAGAGGAAGAGGAGGAAGCUUGUUGCUUGCUGGAAUUGACACCAGCAGUUGUGUCGGCAAGUAAGUGUGUGUGUGUGAGAGAGUAAGUGUGUGUGAGUGUGAGAGUAAGUGUGUGUGAGUGUGAGAGUAAGUGUGUGUGAGUGUGAGAGUAAGUGUGUGUGAGAGUAAGUGUGUGUGAGUGUGAGAGUAAGUGUGUGUGAGUGUGAGAGUAAGUGUGUGUGAGUGUGAGAGUAAGUGUGUGUGAGUGUGAGAGUAAGUGUGUGUGAGUGUGUGUGAGUGUGAGAGUAAGUGGGUGUGAGUGUGAGAGUAAGUGGGUGUGAGUGUGAGAGUAAGUGUGUGUGAGUGUGAGAGUAAGUGGGUGUGAGUGUGAGAGUAGGUGGGUGUGAGUGUGAGAGUAGGUGGGUGUGAGUGUGAGAGUAGGUGGGUGUGAGUGUGAGAGUAGGUGGGUGUGAGUGUGAGAGUAGGUGGGUGUGAGUGUGAGAGUAGGUGGGUGUGAGUGUGAGAGUAGGUGGGUGUGAGUGUGAGAGUAGGUGGGUGUGAGUGUGAGAGUAGGUGGGUGUGAGUGUGAGAGUAAGUGAGUGUGUGUGAGAGUAGGUGGGUGUGAGUGUGAGAGUAGGUGGGUGUGAGUGUGAGAGUAGGUGGGUGUGAGUGUGAGAGUAGGUGGGUGUGAGUGUGAGAGUAGGUGGGUGUGAGUGUGAGAGUAGGUGAGUGUGUGUGUGAGAGUAAGUGAGUGUGUGUGAGUGUGAGAGAAAGUGAGUGUGUGUGAGUGUGUGAGUGUGUACCAUCAUGACGGAUCCUCAUAUGAAGUGGGCGUGUGAGUACUGCACAUAUGAGAACUGGCCCUCAGCUAUAAAGUGUACUAUGUGUCGAGCUCAGCGCCGCAGUGCCGCCAUCAUCGACGAGCAGCUGAACAAGUUUAAGAGUAACUCUGUGUGCGGCGACGACGACUCUGAAACCAGCAGCCUGAUCAUCUGCCCCGAUUCCAGCGCCAGGCCUCGCGUGCGCCCGUGCCGUCCCUCUGAGCCCAGCAGCCACGCGUCCGUGUCGCACCCUAACGAGGAAUAUAACGAUAAAAACCGCCUGCACGCUCCCAGAUGGAGCUGCACCAUGUGCACGUAUGAGAACUGGGCAGAGACGCAGAGCUGCGUCGUGUGUGAGCACCCGCGGCCUAACGACACGUCACCCGUCAUCACUAACGAGCUGGUGCAGGGAGGAGGAAGGACACGGAGGACGAGGAUGUCCUCUCCUGUCUCCUCAGACUGCGAUGCGGAAGUCCACAUCCAGGACAUUGAAGUGGGAGCUCACGGCUGUGACGAGGACUUUAAAAAGCUCAAACAGAUCAAAAACCGCAUGAGGAAGAGCGACUGGAUGUUUCUUAACGCCUGUGUGGGAGUGGUGGAAGGCGACCUGGCUGCAGUGGAGACGUAUAAAUCGUCAGGUGGAGAUAUCGCUCGGCAGCUGACGGCAGGGGAAGUGCGUCUGUUAAACCGUCCCUCAGCCUUCGACACCGGGUUCACACUUGUCCAUCUCGCCAUUCGAUUUCAGAGACAGGACAUGCUCGCUAUCCUCCUGACUGAGGUGUCCCAGCAGGCGGUGAAGUGUAUCCCAGCGAUGGUGUGUCCUGAGCUGACGGAGCAGAUCCGCAGAGAAAUCGCCUCCUCAGUACAUCAGCGGAAAGGAGACUUCGCCUGUUACUUCCUGACUGACCUCGUCACCUUCACUCUACCAGCAGAUAUUGAAGAUUUGCCUCCUGCAGUUCAGGAGAAGCUGUUUGAUGACCUGCUCGACCGUGAUGUACAAAAAGAGCUGGAGGAGGACGAUGCAGUGAUUAACUGGUCUCUGGAGUUGGGAUCUCGAGUGGACAGUCGUCUGUAUGCUCUGUGGAACCGUACGGCCGGAGACUGUCUGCUCGACUCGGUGCUGCAGGCCACGUGGGGCAUCUAUGACAAGGACAGUGUCCUCCGUAAUACACUGCACGACAGCCUACACCACUGCUCACACUGGUUCUACACUCGGUGGAAGGAGUGGGAGUCGUGGUACUCACAGAGUUUUGGGCUCCAUUUCUCCCUCAGAGAGGAGCAGUGGCAGGAGGACUGGGCCUUCAUCCUGUCCCUCGCCAGCCAGCCCGGCGCUAGUUUGGAGCAGACACACAUAUUUGUCCUUGCGCACAUCCUGCGUCGUCCGAUUAUAGUUUACGGAGUGAAGUAUUACAAGAGUUUCCGCGGUGAGACUUUGGGCUACACUCGUUUUCAAGGUGUGUACCUGCCGUUGCUAUGGGAACAGAGUUUUUGUUGGAAAAGCCCUAUCGCCCUCGGUUACACGAGGGGCCACUUUUCAGCGCUGGUCGCCAUGGAGACCGACGGCUACGACAAUCGUGGCGCAGGCGCCAACCUUAAUACUGACGAUGAUGUCACGGUGACGUUUCUCCCGUUAGUCGACAGUGAAAGGAAGCUGCUGCACAUCCACUUCCUGUCAGCGCAAGAGAUGGGGAAUGAGGAGCAGCAGGAGAAGCUGCUGCGCGAGUGGAUGGAUUGCAGUGUGACAGAUGGAGGGAUGCUCGCUGCCAUGCAGAAGAGCUGCAGAAGGAGGAACCAUCCGCUUGUCACUCAGAUGGUGGAAAAAUGGCUGGACGGGUACCGGCAGCUCCGCCCGUGCCCCACCCUUUCAGACGGAGAGGAUGAGGAGGAUGAGGAUGACGAGUGACAGCGAGGAUGAAGGAUGAAGAUGAAGACCAGAGAGAUGAAAACAAUCCCUGCUAAAAAGACACCUUAUUUCACAUCACAUAGGAAGAGCCCUUUAUCAUCUCACACACACACACACACACACACACACACACACACAAAAGAAAAGAAAAUAGGUCAUUUUUACACCCUCAUUUCCCAUAAUGCAUUUCCCACAGUCCAUCUCUAUCCCAAACCAAAAUAAAGUACUAUUUUUCCCCCUUAUAAAUAAUAUCUAUGUGUAUAAAUAAACGACAGUAAGUGUGUAGCAGUGCAGUCGUGAUGCAUGCGCUUCUUCCCAGGGUGUGUAACAUGAACGCAGUUUAAUCCCAGCAUCAGUAAAGCAGCCGAACCGAACUUUCACUAGGUUGUUUAGCACUUUUACAAAAGCACGUUUACAAAAAAACAAUGUUAAUUCUUUAUAAUAAUAAUAAUAAAAAAAACUCCUUAUGUUCUUAUUUGCUCAAAUUAGAAAAUUCUACGUGAUGGUUUAUUUUUGUUUAAAAGAAGGACAGAUGUUUGACUUCAUCUUCAGUUGCCGACGAUGGAGAAAGUGAGCAGGAUGUUGCAUGACGUUUGACUGUAUCACACACACUAAAAAAAAAUCUCUAUAAAAGUAUUUUUAAAGUCC